GAUAUACCACACCUGGUUUCGUGUAAUACGUUAGUUUCGCGCCACAUGUCGAUAAACUGAAAGUGUGCAGGUAGUGUACAUGUCUAUUUAAGAAUUGAAGAUGAAGAUCUAUUUUGCUGGCAGUAUUCGUGGUGGUCGUCAAGACGCAGAGCUGUACUUGAGAAUAAUAAAACAACUGCAGGCCUAUGGUACUGUACUAACAGAACAUGUUGGUGCAAAAACCUUGGAGGAAUCAGGCGAAAAACACAUGACAGAAAAGGAGAUUCAUGACCGGGAUAUGACCUGGCUAAAUGACUGUGAUGUGUUGGUAGCAGAAGUAACACAACCUUCUCUUGGAGUCGGUUACGAGAUCGGACGAGCGAUCACAUUGAACAAGAGGAUACUCUGUAUGUUUCGCCCUGAUUCAGGCAAAAGUUUGUCGGCCAUGAUAGCGGGAGCAGUCAACGGUUCAUCAUCUUUUGUUGUGAAAAAUUAUAAGGAAGAAGAUGUUCAAAGUAUAUUAAAGGCAUUUCUCAAUUGAUAUAUGUUCUGUAGAGACUUGACAAACAGUCAUUCUGUAUUGGUGCUCACUGUUUAUUACCAGUGCCUGAUAUUAAGCCAACUGAUUUUGAUAUUUAGCUCAGUAAACAGUGUAUAUUAAUGUAUGCAGUUACUGUAUUUGCCUGCAAUUAAGACCCAACACGCUAUUAAGCACACCUUUUAUCUCUUCCUUUAAUGUAUGGUAACUUUUGUCUCUGAACAUAGGAAAUUAGCUGACUGGAUGCAAACAUUCUUACAACCUAAACAACUAUAAGAACAUCAUAUGUAGUCAGGGACGUAACCAGGACUAUGAGUAUGUGGAAGCAUACGAAGCCCGGAGUAGGGGGUGGGUUCGGGAGGGGGGUUACC